AUGAUAACAUUAACAGGCCAAAUACAACGUUUCGUUUUGUCUGACUUGACAAAUAGUUGGCAGCUUUUCUACUCUGCCCCUGCAGACCAAUGUGAUAAUUUUGCCGUUUGUGGUGUGAAUUCUAACUGUGAUGCAAAUAGAUCUCCAACAUGUGAGUGCCUUCAGGGUUUCAUUCCCAGAUCUCAAGAAAACUGGAAUGCACAAAACUGGUCUGAUGGGUGUGUUAGAAGAGUUAAUUUAGAUUAUGGCAAUAGUGAUGGCUUUCUGAAGUAUCAGCGAAUGAAGUUGCCAGACACAUCAACCUCAUGGUUUGACAAAAGCAUGAACCUCGAGGAAUGUAAGAAUUUUUGUCUGAAAAACUGCUCCUGCACAGCAUAUGCAAAUUUAGAUAUCAGAGAUGGUGGAAGUGGAUGCUUGCUUUGGUUUAAUAAUAUUGUGGAUGUGAGAAAACUAACCACUGGAGGACAAGAUCUUUUCAUAAGAGUGGCAGCUUCAGAAAUAGGAGUUAAAAGAACAUGCAGGAAUAUGAUGAACAUUAGAGAACAUUGUACAAUACUAAGCUUGGAAAAAAUUUGUGAUCAGAAAGCAUCUAACUGCCAUCAACUUACAGGGAAGAACCAAGUAGUUAGCUGGAAGAAUCACACUGAUAACACACAGAAGGAGGAAAUUGAUAUACCAAUAUUUGAUCUGUCAACCAUAGCUAAUGCAACUAAUGACUUUUCCAUUAUUAACAAACUGGGAGAAGGUGGGUUUGGUCCAGUUUACAAGGGUACAUUGGCAAAUGGCCAAGAUGUAGCUGUGAAGCGACUUUGCAAUAAUUCAGGACAAGGACCAAAAGAGUUCAUAAACGAAGUUGUGUUAAUUGCUGAUCUUUAG